GAAAUUAUUAUCACUUACGGACCAUACAGUGGACUAGCUACAUACAAAGUACAUAGUGGAAAAAGUGUGGUAGUAAAGUUUGUAUGUCUAGAGAUUGACCAGGAAGGAGUUAUUAAACAAAUCAACAGUUCUUAUUCCGCACAGCUUACUGUAGACGAGCAGAUCAAUGUUGAUCCUUUAUACAGCUUGACUUCAUUACUCAGUUCGACUUCAACCACUGUGGGUCAUGAAAUAGUUUGGACAAUAUUCUUUCCAGAACACUACAGUUUGGAAGUUACCAGCUGCACAGCGUAUCCGGGAAUAGAUGAUUCAUCAAAUGAUUCUGUUGCUUUGAUCUCAAAUGGCGGAUGUUCUUCCACCAUGGAUCUCAUAAGUAACUUUAAUAGUUAUAGUAAUGGAACUGCCACUGCCAGAUUGCUAGCCUUCAAGUUUCACAACUCUGGAAGUGUAUUUUUGAAGUGUAGUCUGAAAGUCUGUCCACCUGGAUCGCCACCAACAGCUUGUACGACUACCUGUAGCAAAGAAAAAAGAAGUGUUCAAAAGAGGGCAUCAGGACAACCAAAAUCAAUAGUUCCGGCGACAAUUAGCAAUGUACUGUAUGUGGCCGAUGCACACUCUGGCGGUACCUCAGGUAUCAUUGAAGUUCCCACGACAUGGAUAGCCAUCUU